AUGACGCUCGUCGCCAGCGGGCGCACCGAGUACACCGCUUGGUACGUGGCCGACGGCGCCAUCGACGCCGCCGCCUUUGCCCGACAGCUGCAGGAGCGCAAGUCAUCCGGCGGCAGCGGCGGCAGCAGCAGCGGCAGCAGCGGCAGCAGCAGCAUCGACGGCGGCGGCAGCCCGGGGUCCAGCCUCGACGGCGCGGCCGCCGCGACGGAGCUCGGCGCGCCGCCGCCGCGGCGCGAGCGCUUCGUGCUUCUGCGCGGUGUGCAGUGGGGGGCCCCUGACAUGGACUCUGCGCGCAUGUGGCGCAGCCUCGUGCGCGUGUGGCCCAAGCCGCUGGAGGCGUCCCCCAGCAUCGUCGUGCACGAGGGCGUAGGAGAGAUGGCACAGGCCAUGUUUGACCAGCUGCGCCCCUACCUUGACCACGCCGAGGACGCGGGCAUCCCGGUCGUGUUUGGCGGCCACUCCCUGGGCGGCGCCAUGUCCAAGCUGCUCAUGGCCCUCUACCGCCUGCACAGCCGCAGGCGCGACUCCCAGCCGGCGCCGGCCUGCUACACCUUUGGCUCACCCCCCGUCGUCGCCCACGCGGAGGGCGGCGGCGGCGACCGCGUGCUCCAGGUCCUUUCGGGGCUGCCCGUGGUGCAGGGGCUGCUUGAGCUGCGGGCGCGCCUGGCGGGCCACACGGGGCCACCGCUGUCCCCCAAGCGCUUCCUGUUCGAGACCGUUGGCGAGGUGGGGCAAAUGCGGCGGCAGCGCUGUUGA